GCCGCGAUGAUGUCAGGAGCCAUUCCCGAGAUCGAGACCUUCGAGGAGGAAGAGCUAACGAACGCUCGCCUCAUGAUCGAACAAGAGGCUGAGGACGACAACCAGGAGCUCCCUUCGCUGGAGGAGUUCAACGCCACUUGGGAGGCGUGCUUCUCGGAGUGGGCGUACUUCCCCAGCAGGAACGCCUACGGCAGGAUCUCCACCGCCACGAAGGCCGACAGGAUCGAGUCCGCCAAGCACCGCUUCGAGGCUCUUCGCGCUGAGGCCGACGCCCAAGCCGGCCGCGCUCGGAAGCUGGAAGCUCGCCUCAAGAUGCGUCUCGGGGGCUACGCCAAGGUGGCCGACCAGCGAGCGGCCGGGCUCAACCGCGUGCAACAGGAGGUCGAGAACGCCCAGAUCGAGUCCUCGUGCCACAGUAUGCUGCUUGCCAACGAGACCGCCGCCAUACCCCGCCGCAUCGCCGACGCCGAGGGCAGGGCGGCCCUGGAAGCUGAGGCGGAGGAACUAUUGCAGGCGGAGUACCAGAGGCUAGUGGAGGAGAAGGCUGCGCUGUUGGCUGCCAGGGCCGCCGCUAGGAAGGAGGCUUCUGCCAAGAAGACGGCCGCCAAGCGUGCGAGGCGGGCGCAGGAGGAAAAGGAAAUGCUGGAGGAGGAGGAAGAGGAGAGGAAGAAGAGUGCUGCUGUGGUCGCUGGUGCCAAAUCGAAGGCGGGCGCCCCGGAGGCUAUGGUCUUGGAGAGCGAGGAGUCCACGGAGCCCCCCAAGGAGGCCGCAGCGGUCAUCGCCGCCGCCUCCUAGAAGUCAACGGAAAAAAGCCAACGGAAAAACGUGAAGUAGAACAACGAAAGCAUAGCAACAUAGCUGCUGUUGCUGCUGUUGCUGCUGCUCGAGCGUCUUGUAGGGAAGAGUUAUGAGCUACAGCAUUACCUUCUUUGUUUUGAUCGUAUUCAGUUUUUCUCUUGCCUUGUUCUGUCCAAUCGACGUUGCCGAGUCAAUGUGUGCUUGCUUAGUCCAUUUUUUUUUUUUUCCGUUCUCGUGGUCUCGUCGGUGGAAAGAGGGAGGGAGAAGAGAAGCCUGCACGUUUGUCAAGAGAGGAUGCUAACAUACGCUUGUCCCGUCACACGUUGAGGAGAAUUCAGCGCAA